AAUAAGAUGUUACCAUUUUUUUUUCCUAUCCAUAUAUGUUCAUUGAUUUAUUUAUUUUUAGAUAAAACAGACUUGAGUACAAAGAUAACUAUUCGAGAAAAACUUCAAGAAGUUGAAGAAAGAGUUGCAUCUACUAUAAAUUCAGUCACUAACAAAGCUUAUCAAGCAACAGUAUCAACAACUGCAAAUGACUCAAAGGAGAUGUCCAAGUUUUCUUCCAAUAAUCUAUCUACAGUAUAUAUGGAUGAAAGAGAAGAUUCUAUGACACGUUUUAAACGUUUUGGGCAAUACAUAAUUAAUGUUAUUGUUACUUGCGCUAUUUUAAUAAAGCAAAGCCCUCUUCCAGAUUUAAUUUCGUUUAUAUUUGGUUAUAUAAUUCAACUAUUCUUAUGGAUUGAUACCCAAUAUCAUAUUUUGGAGAAAGCUCAAGAUGCUAGUAUUCAAUGUAUCAAAUUUGGUUUAGAAGCUGAUGAACGUUAUCAUGUACAUGAAUUCUUAACGGAGGGCUUUUAUAUGUUGGUUACAGCAGGUUUAAAAGUUGCAAUAGCCUAUAAAGAAACGCCUCGUUAUAAAGACAAUCCCACUACCAAAUAUCAAUAUACGAACUAUCAGAAGCAAACAAAUUCAACUAAUAAAGUUGAUAAUAGCAUCACUAAUAUGUGUGAUUUAUUGUCGAACCAUAAGAAUAACUCCCAAUGCACAAAAUUUCCUAUCACUAACUCAACUUCUUCUACUUCUUCUACUUCUUGGGCCUGGCUAUCAUGGUAAAAAACUACCUCAUUGCCUUAAAUGCAUGUCUAUUUCAUUAUAUUUUAUAUUGUAUAUUAUCAAAAUUAAUAAGUCCGUUUUUUUUUUUUUUUUUUUUUUGUUAUAUAUAUGUGUAUAUAGAUGUGUAUAUAGAUGUCUAUAUGUAUACAUAUUUGUAUUUAUAUAAUUACGGCCCCUUGAGAAAGAUAUACAGUAGGGGAAGGGGAACACUAAAUGGUAAUAAUCAUAAUCAUCAUAAAAGUCAUGGCUCUUUCUCCAAAAGAAUAAUAAAGAUAAUUAAGGUUUUGAACAUAAAAAUAUGGAAUAUAUUUGUAACUACUUAAAGAACUUGAAAUAUAAAGCAUUUUAC